AUGUCAACAAACAAAUAUGACUUAAAAUAUAAGCCAUCACCAUGGUAUAGAUUAGCAAGUUAUGAUUUAUUAUUAUGGAUAUUAUCAAUAGUAUUUGAUUGUUUCUUUAGGGAAAUUCGUCCAAGAGGUGCUUUCAAAAUUCCAAGAGAUGGACCAGUUAUAUUUGUUGCUGCACCUCAUCAUAAUCAAUUUGUUGAUCCUAUAAUAUUAAUGAAUCAAGUUAAAAAAGAAGCAAAUAGACGUAUAUCUUUUUUAAUUGCAGCAAAAUCUUAUCAAAAAAAAAUUGUUGGAGCUUUAGCUAAAUGUCAAUUAAGUAUACCUGUUGUUAGACCUCAAGAUACUUUAAUUAAAGGAACUGGUAAAAUAUAUGUUGAUUCUGAAAAUAAGAAUAAAAUUAUAGGUAAAGGUACAAAAUUUACAAUUGAAUGUAUGGAUAGAGGAUUAAUUGCAUUACCACAAUCAUUAGGAGCUACUGAAAUAUCUGAAGUUUUAUCAGAUAAUGAACUUAUAAUACGUAAAGAAUUUAAAGAUACUGAUCAAAUCAAUCAAUUAUUAACUCAAGGAACAUCUUUUAAAAGAGCAGAUAAAAUCGAUCAAAAAGAUGUUUAUAAAUUAGUAUUUGAUCAUUUAUCAGAUAAUAAUUGUAUUGGAAUUUUCCCCGAAGGUGGACUGCAUGAUAAAAAACAUGAAAUUUUACCUUUAAAAUUUGGAGUUGCUUAUAUGGCAUUGGGAGCAAUGACUCAACAAAUUGAAAAAUUAAAAAAUAGUGAACUAACAAAAUUAAAUCCUGUAAAAAUUGUACCUUGUGGAAUGAAUUAUUUUAAUGCUCAUAAAUUUAGAUCAAGAGCGGUAGUUGAAUUUGGUGAUCCAAUUUCCAUAUCUGAAGAAUUAGUUAAAAAAUAUUCAAACCCAGAAACAACAAAAGAAGCAGUAAAAGAAUUAUUAGAAUUAGUUACAUCGGGUUUAAAAGCAGUUACAGUUACUUGUGAAGAUUAUGAAACUUUAAUGUUAAUACAAGCAGCUAGAAGAUUAUACGCUGGGAAUUUUGCUCAACAAUUACCAUUACCAUUAAUUGUUGAAAUGAAUAGAAGAUUAAUUAUUGGUUAUCAACAUUAUUCUCAUGAACCUAAAAUUCAAGAAAUUAAAAAAAAAGUUUUAAAAUAUAAUGAAAUGUUAAAAAGUUUAUAUUUACCUGAUCAUCAUGUUGAAGAUUGUCAAGAAGAAAUUAAUAAAGUUAAAAUUAUCCCCAUUUUAAUUUAUAGAGUUGUUAAAUUAAUCUUAUUAUUUACGUUGGCAUUACCUGGUGCUACAUUAUUUUCACCAGUGUUUUUAAGUUCCAAAAUAAUAUCUCAAAAAAAGGCAAAAGAAGCUUUAGCCAAUUCAACUGUUAAAAUUAAGGGGAAUGAUGUUAUUGCAACUUGGAAAAUCUUAGUUGCACUUUGUAUUGCACCAAUAAUUUAUUCAUUUUAUGCAUCAUUAGGUACUUAUUAUUGUGCAACUCAUAAUUAUUUAUCAUCUUUAGGUUUAUUCACUAUGUGGAUCUUCUUGUAUAUUUGUGGUGUUUUAGUAACUUAUAGUGCAUUGUUAACAGGUGAACAAGGAGUUGAUUUAUUUAAAUCUAUUAGACCAUUAUAUUUAUCUAUAACUUCAGGGUCAUCCAUAAAACAACUUAAAAAGAUGAGAUAUGAAUUAAGUGAAGAAAUAACAGACCUUGUUAAUGAAUAUGGACCUAAAUUAUUCCCAAAAGAUUUUAAUUUGUUAGAAAUCAAAAAAUCAUUAAAUAUAUCAGAUAAUACAACCUAUAUAGAUUCAGAUGAAGAAGAAGAUAAUAAAACUUUAGAAAUAAGACAAAGAAGAGCAGCAAAAAGAAAAUUAGAAAAACAAUUAAAAGAAAACACUACAACACAACAACUUGAAUCAACAACAAUGACAGAAAGUAUAUCACAUUCAUCUUCAAUAUCAGAUGGUAUAUCAUUAUUAGAUUCAACAACAAAUUCAUAUACAAAUUUACCAAUUUUUAGUGAUUAUCAAUUACAUAAAAAUGUAACAAAUAAAAAUUUAAAAUUAGAUCCUCAAUCGAAUUUUAAUUCAAGUGUUAAUUUAUAUGAUGAUCAUAAACAUCAUUUUGGUUCAAAUCAAAUUAAUCAACAUACAUAUGUUGGAUCUCCAUUAAGAGGUAAGUUAUCAAAUUCAAAUUCUAAUACAUCUUUAUCAAAUUUAAAAAAAUCACCAUCUGAAGAACAUAUUGAAUUAAAUUUUAGUUCAAAAUCUUCAUUGAAAGAUAAAAUUAAAGAAAAAAUGAGAAAAAAUAGGGAAACUUAA